AUGACCUACAAAUACGGCUCUGAUUUCGAGACUGCCGUGCUGGCCAACGCCAAUUGUGGUGGCGAGAAUGUGGCACGAGGCAUGGUCAUGGGGGCCUUGAUUGGAGCUGCCAAUGGCUCUUCCCGCAUUCCUCAGCAUCUCAAGGAUGGCCUCAAGGACGUUCUGAAUCGGGGCCACUGGAUGUUUUGA